UCGGGAUCGGGAUCGGGAUCGGGAUCGGGAUCGGAACAGGAUCGGGACCGGAACAGGAUCGGGACCGGGGUCGCCCCCGCCAUGUCCUCCAGCGGCUGCACCUUCGCGGAGCGCAGGGUGAGCGUGCUGUGCUGCCGCUUCUGCCGGCAGGUGCUGAGCUGGCGCGGCAUGCAGGCCGUGCUGCUGGCCGACACCGACACCGACCUCUACUCCACCGACAUCCCGCCCUCGGGAACGGUCGAUUUCAUCGGGAGCUGCUACUUCACUGAAAUCUGCAGAUGCAAACUGAAGAACAUCGCCUGUUUGAAGUGCGGGAACGUCGUUGGCUACCACGUCAUCUGUCCCUGCAAGCCCUGCCUGCUGUCCUGCAACAACGGCCACCUCUGGAUGUUCCACAGCCAGGCAGUGCUCGGCAUCAACAGGCUCGACCCUUCGGGUGUGAAUGUGUUGCUCUGGGGCAACCUGCCAGACCUGGAGGAGAGCACAGAGGACACGUCCUGCACCUCUGAGGAGGAGUACAUCAGAUAAAUUCCACCUGCAGGAUCUUCCCUCCACUUGUGGCCUGGCUGUUUGGUCUGCAUUUAUUUCAUUUCACCUGGUGGCCCAUCAGAGCUUAAAACAACAGAAAAAAAAAAACAGGAAAUCUGGAAAAAAAAAAUGAAAAAAAGGAAUUCUUCUUGCUCUUUCCCUGUAAGCUCCCCUGGAGUGCUGAAUCUGCCUGGUGUGCAUCCCUGAGCAGAGGCACCUUGGAAAUGCAAACACAAAGUGCAUUAACUGAGCUCUGGUUUGCUUUUUAUUCUUUACCCUCUACAGCUGAUAAUCCUUCUUUUCUUCUUCCCUACAGCACUUUGCACAGAGCAAAACUCCUCAGCUGCUUUCAGUUUCAAAAAAAAA